UAUGGGAUACGAAGGAGUUGCUGUUCGCGAUGAUGCUAUGGCAUCCGACUCGCCUAACCUUGAAGAUUAUUAGGCUAGAACAUCCGAACAAGAUGUUGCUAGGGAGCGCCAUCGGUUGGAGCUUAGGCAACAACAUGAUUUCUCAGCUGGAUCAGGUAGCGCAUUUGAGCGUUUAUCAGACUGCAAGAUUGUGGAUCCGGUUCGCGGAAAGAUGCCCAGCGAAUCAAUUCGGGAGCUUGUUCAUCAGUUUUAUCUUCCUGAAAAGCUAUCGUGUCGUCCUUUGAAGGAUAAGGAUUCAAUUGUUUGUCCGGCCAAUGGUACCUUAAUUUUUCUGUCUCAACUCCGUGCGGGCUUAGAACUUCCUCUGUCUCCUGAGGUUCACUAUGCCAUAGCAGAGCUAGGGAUAGCCAUUGGUCAAAUAUGCCCUAUCACGUUGAAGAUAAUUCAUUUGGUUUUCUUGAUUUGGAAGGUAGUGGGUUUAGUUGUCCCUUCUCGUGUGGAAAUUCUCUACUUCUUUGCUCUCAAAUAUUCUCAGAGGGACCAUUGUCAUGGGACUGUUUAUUUGACCCCGCGGAGCGUUGGCCAUUAUAGGUUGUUCGACAUUCCUGACUUUGGUUCAUCAUUGUGCUCGGGUGCCUUUGUCGCAGUGUCUGUUUGGGAAAAGGAUGCGGGCUGUGUUUCCCAAUAUCACCUAGGUCUUGAGGUGUCACGUACUUUUUGUGCUGCAAAGUUAGGCUGUGUCACGCAUGACAUGCCCCCAAGAUCAUUCUAUUUUGACGAAGGCAGAGGAAAAGUGAAAAGGGCCAAGGUUGCGCCUCAGAAGGUGCUUGAAUCUGCUGCGAGAGAAAUCGUUUCUAACAGUCAAUGUGCUCAACAGUUCACACAUGAAGUUCCCUAG